AUGUUCGCACCAGAAGAACAUCGGUGUCCAAUCUGUGACAAACGGCUUUGUUCGAAGGCUCAGCUGUACGGUCACAUGAAUAUCCAUUUGGAUGUGAAACCGCAUCAAUGUGAGGUGAGUUCUACGUUUAAAGCAGUGUAUCUCGGCUGCCGGUGGAGAUAGCCAAACAUUGUCAACUAACAAAAUGUUCACAAAGAUAUUGCGCACAUUUUAUGAGUUGACAACAUUCUGAUAUCUCUACAAACAACUGAGAUACAUUGCUUUGAAUGGACACUAGUGGAUUACCCUUCUUUUUCAGUUUUGCAAACGCACAUUUCGAAAUAGUCAAGGUCUCUGGUCGCACAAAAAGACACAUACCGAGUACGGGGAGUACAGGUGUGACAAGUGUAAAACGUCGUACCGAAACAAACAGAAUCUGACGAAUCACAUGAAACUACACGCGAAAUCUAUUCGAUGCGAGGUAAAGUUCUGUUUAAGACUGCAAUUCACAGAUACUUUCAGAUCUGUGACAGAAGUUUCAACUCGACCGCAUCGUUACAAUCGCACAGUUUUGCACGUGGCAACACCGACGGAUUCAAGUGCUCGCACUGCAAUGUGCCCGCGAGAACUUUCAAAUGCUUCAAGGAGCACAUGAGAGUGUUCCAUUCGGAUAUUCCACUGAAAUCUGUCGAAUGCCCGGUGUGCAAGAAGACUGUGCAAUCGACGUGGGAGCUCGAGAAACACAUGAGCAAUCAUAGAGAGAAGAGUGGUGGCGAUGAGGUGAGGCUCGCAUUCAAAACGGUUUAUCUCAGCUGCCGGCGGAGAUAUCAAAAAGUGGCCAACUAAUAAAAUUAUCACUAAGAAACGGUAUACAUUUUAUUAGUUGAACACAUUUUGUUAUCUCCAAAGGUAGCUGAGAUAUGUCUAACUUAUUUCAGAUGGUGUCCUUGUCUGGAAGCUCUUCCAGUGAAAGAGCCGGUUCAGCUGCAGAAGCCACUUAUCAGUCUCUGGAGCCUGUUCCUAGCUCACAGGUAAACUAAACAAGUCCAAGUACACCUCAAAAACACAAUUAACUUUCAGAGUGACGCCUCCAACUUUAACAUCUGGGACACUGCACACUAUCCGUUCUACGAUGAAUUCAGUGAAACUCAAAAUGAAAUGUUCUCGUAUUUAUUGAUCUGA